GCUUGAACUUUGCACUUGCAAAUGUCACUGCAUACGUUUUGCACUGGGUUUCUUUUUUUUUUUUUGUAAAAGGUUCUCUUACAACUAAUUUCCUGUAACAAUCCGAGCGCAGAGAAGAGAAUAUUUAGAGUGAUAAGAUGCAUCAAGUUUAGGAGGAGUUGAUGCCUGUCUUUGAAUGCACUUGAAGUGUUCUUUAUUUUUAAAGCAAUAUAAGGCAUUCGAGUGUUUGUUUCUCCCCCUCCCCACCACCCCUGGAAUGGGAAAAUAAGAAUCUCCUUGGAUCGGAAUCCUCCGGGGUAGGGAGUGAAAGCCCCGGAGGCAGGAAGGGACGGAGAAGAGGGGCUUGCCCAGAGCAUGGAUAGGAAAGGAGCCGGGGCGCUCCAGGGCUCAGCGCGCACUGAGGAUCUGUGCCCGGGGCUGCAGCUGCGGAUGAGAAAGGCGCUGUCUGGCUAAUGAAGGCCACCUGGAUCAGGCUUCUGAAAAGAGCCAAGGGAGGAAGGCUGAAGAAUUCGGAUAUCUGUGGUUCGGCAGACUCCUACACCAGCCGUCCAUCCGAUUCAGAUGUUUCUUUGGAGGAAGAUCGGGAGGCAGUGCGCAGAGAAGCAGAGCGACAGGCCCAGGCCCAGUUGGAAAAAGCAAAGACAAAGCCCGUUGCGUUUGCUGUUCGGACAAAUGUCAGCUACAGUGCAGCCCACGAAGAUGAUGUUCCAGUGCCAGGCAUGGCCAUCUCCUUCGAAGCAAAAGAUUUUCUGCAUGUUAAGGAAAAAUUUAACAAUGACUGGUGGAUAGGGCGAUUGGUGAAAGAAGGCUGUGAAAUCGGAUUCAUUCCAAGCCCGGUGAAACUAGAAAAUACAAGGCUGCAGCAUGAACAGAGAGCCAAGCAAGGGAAAUUCUACUCCAGUAAAUCAGGAGGAAAUUCAUCAUCCAGUUUGGGUGACAUAGUACCUAGUUCCAGAAAAUCUACACCACCGUCAUCCGCUAUAGACAUAGAUGCUACUGGCUUAGAUGCAGAAGAAAAUGAUAUUCCAGCCAACCACCGCUCCCCUAAACCCAGUGCAAACAGUGUAACGUCACCCCACUCCAAAGAGAAAAGAAUGCCCUUCUUUAAGAAGACAGAGCACACUCCUCCUUAUGACGUGGUACCUUCUAUGCGACCAGUGGUCUUGGUGGGCCCUUCUCUGAAGGGGUACGAGGUCACAGACAUGAUGCAAAAAGCGUUGUUUGAUUUUUUAAAACACAGAUUUGAAGGGCGGAUAUCCAUCACGAGGGUCACGGCUGACAUCUCGCUCGCCAAGCGCUCCGUGUUAAACAAUCCCAGCAAGCAUGCAAUCAUAGAAAGAUCCAACACGCGGUCGAGCUUAGCGGAAGUUCAGAGUGAAAUCGAAAGGAUUUUUGAACUUGCAAGAACACUGCAACUGGUAGUCCUUGAUGCGGAUACUAUUAAUCAUCCAGCUCAACUCAGUAAAACUUCUUUGGCCCCUAUUAUAGUCUAUGUAAAGAUUUCUUCUCCUAAGGUUUUACAAAGGUUAAUAAAAUCUCGAGGGAAAUCUCAAGCUAAACACCUCAAUGUCCAGAUGGUAGCAGCUGAUAAACUGGCUCAGUGUCCCCCGGAGCUGUUUGAUGUGAUCCUGGACGAGAACCAGCUCGAGGAUGCUUGUGAGCACCUUGCCGACUAUCUGGAGGCCUAUUGGAAGGCCACCCACCCUCCCAGCAGCCAUCUCCCCAACCCUCUCCUUAGCCGUACUUUAGCCACUUCGACUCUGCCCAGUAGCCCCACUCAAGCCUCUAAUUCACAGGGUUCUCAAGGGGAUCAGAGGACUGAGCGCUCCGCUCCUGCCCGGUCUGCCUCCCAAGCUGAAGAAGCAGCCUGCCCCGAACCCAUCAAGAAGUCCCAGCACCGGUCCUCCUCCUCCGCCCAGCACCACAGCCAUCGCAGCGGGACGAGUCGAGGCCUCUCCAGGCAGGAGACAUUUGACUCGGAAACCCAGGAGAGUCGAGACUCUGCCUACGUGGAGCCGAAGGAAGAUUACUCCCACGAACACGUGGACCACUAUGCCCCCCACCGUGACCAUAACCACCGAGAUGAGCCCCACGGGAGCAGUGAGCACAGGCACAGGGAGACUCGGCACCGUUCCCGGGACCUGGACCGAGAGCAGGACCACAAUGAGUGCAACAAACAACGGAGCCGGCAUAAAUCCAAGGAUCGCUAUUGUGACAAGGACGGAGAAGGCAUCUCCAGAAAACGGAACGAGGCUGGGGAGUGGAACAGGGAUGUUUACAUCCGCCAGUGACUUUUGCCCUUUUGUGUUUCUUUUUUUUACGUCUUGUAUACCACCACCCUCAGACUCAGUCUUUGCGGUCUACAUUGCAGUCAUACGUGAUCUGUCUUGUAUACUUUGUAUUGCUGUUGCUUGAAUAGCAAUAGCAUGAUAGAGAGUAUUAAUAUACUUUUUUUUUCUUUUGUAAGUGCUCUAUAAAUUCGCCUGGUAUGGCUGCAGUCCUCCGGUUGUAUACUGGACUUUUCAAAAACUGUUCGGGAUCGCUGCCACUUGAACAAAAUCUGUUGCCAUCCAGGUGGCAUUAGUAUUUUAAGAAACAUAGUUGAUGUUUUCAAAAAUGUAAUUAAUGUAUCCAGCAAGCCAGAAUUGGCCCAGAUAAAAAGUGGAAUUUCUUGAUUCUCGAGAUUUUUAAUACGUAGGCACCUGAUUUGCAUAUUCAUUUAACCAUGGACCACUGUUUCUUGCUUGUACCUCUGGCUGACUAAAUUUGGGGACAGAUUCAGUCUUGCCUUACACAAAGGGGAUCAUAAAGUUAGAAUCUAUUUUCUAUGUACUAGUACUGUGUACUGUAUAGUUUGUAAAUGUUAUUUCUGCAAACACCUUCUUAUGAUAAUUAUAUAUAAUAUAUAUAUAUACAUAUAUAUAUAUCAGUUUGAUCACACUAUUUUAGAGUCUUAAUGCCAAGUCAGCAGAUUUGCUUUAUGAAUUACAGGGACUAGAAAUGCCCACCUUCAGGAAAUUUGUAAUAUCGUCUAGACACCUAUCCCCAUUCUAGUAGAAAGUCUGUACAUACUGUAAAUACGUGUGAUUGCCUGACUUGAAAAGGUUUGAUUUCUGAAUGUUUUACCAUCCUUGUAAGUUUAUAAUUUUGACCAUAAAUUAUGGUAAAUAUAACCAAACUCCAAAGGUUGUUCUAAUCCAUGCAGUUCACACUGAUUGUGACAAACACAUUCUUAGUAGCUAGUGUCUUAUGUCACUGCACUGGAGUAUACGAGCCGGACCUCUGUAUGCAAGUGUGUCUGUGUGUACGAGUGUGUAAGAGUGACUGAGACGGAGCUGAGUGCUGAAGACUCGAGACCGAUAUCUAGAAUUCUACCCACCUGGCUUUGUAUUUAAUUGUGCGACGUGUUGCUUUAAGAAUCCAUUGAGCAGUCAGGGAAUGUGAGGAAGCUUGUUGCCAAAGGUGACUAGGAAGGCAUUCAUCUGCUGGCUCCUUGUUUUUGCUCCUAGAGAGUAAAAAUACAGGCAAUUUUUAACUGUGAGUGUUUCACUGGAAAUGUACAAUCUUUGUGUGUUUGAGUAUUUGUUUUAGUAAGAAAUGUUUACACAGCUUGUAGAAUUAUUUCGUGGGAAAAUAAAUUUUUCUAACGUC